GCUGUCAGAUUUUAAGGUUAUUCUUAUAACCUAAAAUUAGGCAAAAUGAGCGUAAUUUCAACAAAAUUACGUCUCGUUAUAAACAAUUUAUCAAAAAUAAACCUACGCGCCAAACAAAUUAUUAGGCAUGGGGGUUAUUACAGUUCUGAAUACUUGGAAGAUUUAGGCAAAGUUUCCACCAAAUUCGAGGUAACUAAAGACCCAGUAGACUGGAAAUGCGUGGAAAAUAUUUUACCACGAAAAACAAUCCCGGAACCAGUUAAAAAAGAUGAAUAUCCAUCGGGGUGGCAGCCACAAGCUGACGAUAUGCAAAGCAGGCCUUAUUAUAUUGAAAGAACCAGAAAUCAUUUAAUUCCAGUGUAUUUAGAUUUGGCACAACAUAAUAUUAGGAGGCAUACUAUUAUUCGACGCGUUAAAGGUGAUAUUUGGUUACUUGAGAAAGAGGUUACAGAGUUUUUACAAACUUUAUCCAAUAAACCAAUUAGACUGCAGGUUAAUGAGUUUGCUGGUUUUAUUAGAAUUAAUGGUGAUUUUGUUAAUGCUAUUAAGUAUUGGUUAAAGAAUAAAGGUUAUUAAACAUUUUAUUUGUAGUUUUUUAAUAUAAACUUGUAAAUAUACCUA